CAUGCAAAUAUCAUCAUCCAUCUUCCCCACCUUACCCUGUGGGUCUCUCCUCCCACUCCUCCCAACUCCUUUCUCCUAAACCCUAAUCCGAUCCCCACCAACUGAACUUCUCCAAAUUGCGCCUUACGUCUCACUUCAUUGCUCCAGUAAUCCAGAGUAGCUUGCUUGGUGGGGUUGAAUUCAUCAAUGAUGGCUGGAGAUGGGGUUGCGGCGGCGGCGACGGCGGCGGAGGUUCAAGUGGAGACGGCUUUGUCGUUGAAGAAGAAGACGGCGGUUUCGAGGAGCUGGAUUGCGAUUGACCACAGUGGUCAGGGUGUGAUUCUUGACGUGGAUAAGUAUGCUAUUAUGCGCCGCGUUCAGAUUCAUGCUAGAGAUCUUCGGAUUCUGGAUCCUCUGUUGUCGUACCCUUCUACGAUUUUGGGCAGAGAAAGGGUCAUCGUUCUCAAUUUGGAGCAUAUCAAAGCAAUAAUCACAGCAGAGGAGGUAUUGCUUAGAGAUCCACUGGAUGAUGGCGUAAUCCCCAUAGUUGAAGAACUACAAAGAAGAUUGCCACAGGACAAUCUCAUGGGCCAAGGCCAAGGAGAAGAAGAUGAGAAGCCGGUUCUUCGAGAAGAAGAUGAGAAGCCGGGUCUUCGAAAUGAUGUUGAGACAGAUGAAGAAAAUGAAUUUCCCUUCGAAUUCCGGGCAUUAGAAGUUGUGUUAGAAGCAGUUUGUAGCUUUCUUGAUGCUCGUACCAGAGAUCUGGAGGUUGAUACUUAUCCAGCUUUAGAUGAACUGACUUCCAAGAUUAGCAGCCGUAACUUAGAUCGUGUGCGUAAAUUGAAAAGUGCAAUGACAAGGCUGACAAAUCGGGUUCAGAAGGUAAGGGACGAGCUUGAACAACUGUUGGAUGACGAUGAUGAUAUGGCAGACCUUUACUUGUCAAGAAAGUUGGCAGGGGCAUCUUCACCUCAUAGCAGCUCUGGUGCUCCAAAUUGGUAUCUUCAAUCUCCCACUAUAGGUUCAAAGAUUGCAAGAACAAGCAGGGCAAGUGCAAUGACAGUUCAAGGGGAGAAUGAUGUUGAGGAACUUGAAAUGUUGCUUGAGGCUUACUUUAUGCAAAUAGAGGGCACACUAAACAAAUUAACCACGCUUCGCGAAUACAUUGAUGACACAGAGGAUUACAUUAAUAUCCAGCUUGACAAUCAUCGAAAUCAGCUGAUCCAGUUAGAGCUGUUCCUCUGUUCUGGGACUGUUAGUUUAUCCGUAUAUUCUUUGGUGGCUGCAAUAUUUGGGAUGAAUAUUCCUUAUACAUGGAAAGAACACCAUGGAUAUGUUUUUAAAUGGGUGGUCAUUGUUACCGGCAUAAUAUGUGCUUCUCUUUUCAUGUCAAUAAUUUCCUAUGCACGGCAGAAAGGUCUUGUUGGGUCUUGAUACACGUGAUAUAUAGAGCCAAUCUGAGAGAGUGUGACUACUAAUCUAGCUCAAGCUGUGAUUUGCUUGCUCCUAUGGCCUUGGAGAGAUGGUGUACAUCAAAACCUGGUACUCUUGCUUGGUGCAGCCUGGUUUUGAUAUUAUCAUCCAACUGUCCACAUUUGGUGAAUCAUCUCUGGCAUGCUGCACUAUUAUCAUGUUGUGUGCACAAUGUUUUCCCCAUGGGGUCCUCCCAUUGUAAUUAGGCAUAGAAUGUGGCGGAAAAAUUUACAGAAUUAGUCACGAUUAUGUUUGUAUGAAUCUUGAGAAGUAGGAAACAAAUUGCCUUGCCUACUUUGAUGCAACUCUGAGCAUAUGAUAUUGGGGAAAAGGAAUCAUGUUGAUGCCAUGGUUUUCGUUUUUAUGAAUAUGACCAUCUUGAUCUUGCAUGACUUAUGUGGUGAGAUAUGUUAUAAAGAAACCAUGGAAAUACAA